UGUUAAGCUUCACUUUUGACUACCUUUUUAAGAAAAUAGUAUUGUCAUAAAAAUUAAUUUAAAUACUGUCUUUAAUCAGUAUCAAUGUCUAAACUAAUUGCCAUUCUCCAUCUCCAUUUCAACUGAAGUCCACGUUUAUUUUUGUUUUUACAUUGGUUGAAGAUCAACUACCCAGCACUUCUCUCAGUGAUAAUUUGAACUGGGAGGAAAAGUUAUGGAAGACAAAAAAUGUGCAAAUAGCCAAAGUCAUGUUAGCCAUAAUUUUGUGGAAGAGAUUGCCGCUGAGAACUUAAAACAGGUUACCGCGAUUGGGGAUGUAAUUUGGAUCAAGCUCCGUAAGAGCUUGUGGUGGCCUGCAGUGAUUGUUGGUAGCGAUUCCGUUGAAGGUGAUAAAACUGGCGAUAGAGUAACAGGGGAAGUUCGUGUUAGGAUAUACGGAAGUUAUAAAUACAUGUAUGUGGAUCCUUUUAAAUGGCAUUCCGAGUUUCAGAUUACUCUUAAGCAGAACAACGGUUCUUAUCGAGAAAUAUUUAAGGAAUCUCUGGAGCAGGAUCAGUCUGGAUCAAGAUCUGGUCAGGUAAAGAGGAAAGUAUCAAAAACCAAAGAUGUUGAGAAACCAAAAAAUCAUGGGGUGAAAAAGAAUCUCAAAUUAGGCAGCCCAAGCACACCGAGGAAUCCAAUAAGCAAAUCAUCAAAGAAAAACAAGCUUAACUCACCAACCUCUGAUGGAGCCUUAUCUGGAAGCUCCAAAAAACCGAGUGCACGGAGGACGAAAGUCAUGCAAAGUCUUGGUCUAAUUGCUCCUUCUGGGUCUCCAUUCCGCUAAGUCGAUAUCAUCUAUGUUUUGCAAAUUUGUUACAAGAUCUGCCAUCGAACAAGAAAUAAUUCAUUUUUCCGAGGUAUUGUUGUCUCAAUCCAUUUUUUUCAUCAGCUUUGAUUCUUUUGUAGCUGCAGAAACUCCAUGCAGAUCAAAGCUCAAAGUAGUAGUAAGAUAACUUGUAUUUCAUCUAGGCCAAUCUUUUGGUAAUGACACAAGUGACUGUGCUGCAAGGACUGGUUCAUUUUCUAAAUUAUUUAAAUUAGUUUGGUUUGGUUC